AUUUGUCACAUGACCAAUUUUUGUAAUAUUUAUGAAGCGGGAAAAAAUGUCUUUCUCAGACUCAACAGUGCUUUCUUUAGCGAAUGACAGUGAAAAUAUAAGCAUUGGAGAGUCUAGGAAUGGGGAGAAUGGAGUGUUUCCAACCGUGAAUCAAAGAUUAGGAUAUUUGCGUCCCUCGAGAGAGCUACUUGAGUACUACCGUCAGAAAAUAUCUGAAUAUGACGGAGAGUACGACAAACUACUGCAGAGACUGGACAAGUACAAGUGUGCAUAUGAACAUGUGCAUAAAAACCAGUGGGAGAUCAGACAACGUGAGGAUGAGAUAGUCGAGCUACAGAAGGCACUGAGUGACAUGCAGGUAUUUCUGUUUCAAGAACGAGAGCAUGUGUUGCGUCUGUUUGCUGAAAAUGACCGACUAAAGAUCAGAGAGCUGGAGGAUAGAAAGAGAAUGCAACACUUGCUCACUCUCACUCAGCCUGUCAACGGCGAGACAACCUACUUCCUCAAGGAGCCACCAGCUAAAGUUAUUAUUCACCAACACAAGAAGCAUAAAAGCAGUGAGCUAGACGGGAGGGGCCCAGGUGGACAUAAACCAGCCUCCGUGCUUCAGAGAGGACAUCAGACAGCUAAACCAGCAAACGAAGUUAGUGACGAGGGACAAAGCGAUAAAGAAACAUUGCUCUUAACAGUGGAGGCACUAAAGGCACAACUUGAAGAACAAACACGUCUCUGUAAAGAGCAGGUGGAUGCUCUUCUUGAGGACCGGAGAGUGAGGAUGGAAGAGUCACAAGCUUUAACUGAGAGAGAUACAGAGAGGAUAAAAGGUCUCACAGAUAAACUCCACACAACCCAAGGCAUGCUCUAUGACAGUACCAAGGAUUAUCUGGACCUCAAGUAUCAGUACAGAGCCAAGGAGAGAGACUGGAUGGCUGAGAGGGAUCAGAUUGUCCAACAACUGGAUCACUACAGGGAAGAGUUGGACAUCAGUGAGGGUGUAGACCCUAUCCUAGGCCCACACGCAGAUGACUCUACUCCUAGGUGGCGAGGUGUUGCAUCAGUGAAGCAGCUCCAGCUCCAGCUCCAACAGUCUCAGCAACUGGCAGACAACUAUCGUGAGCAGUGUAUCACUAUGGAGGAGGAGCUGUGUAAACUGAGGGAAGAGACAGGGGCCUCCAAGGAUCUUUUCCAACAGAGGACAGAGAAGAUGACCAAGAGGCUUGGCUUGAUGAACAGUAGGUAUGAUGCAUUGGAGAAGAGAAGGGCCUUGGAGAUUGAAGGAUACAAAAAUGAUAUUAAACUAUUGCGGCAGAGACUUAAGGAAGUUGAAAGACAACUAUUUAAGCUUACAAUGACUUUGGAUGGUGAUCAGGACAUGCAGAUUCUCACACACGUCAAAAGAACGGCUACAAGAUCAAAGAAGCUUGUCGGAGAUUUACAGAACCUCAAAGCCAAAAUUUACUCGCUAGAGAGAGACGUUCACCACCAACAUGAUCAUUAGUAUUAACCACCUUUGUACAAGAUUAUUUAUCUUCCCGUUUCAUGCACUUCUUUGCAACAUUUUUAUCCCUGUUUCUGUACUCCUUGUACGUGUCAUUCGUAAAGUUAUACAAACUUGA